AUGAAUAUCCUACAUUCUACACUAUCGACCUGGCGGGACCGCCUCGCUCCAGUCUCGCGUACUUCCACCUUCCGCAACACCGGCCAAAUCACUCCGGAGGAGUUUGUUCUCGCCGGAGAUUAUCUAGUUUACAAAUUCCCCACAUGGGCAUGGGCCGAUGCAUCAAGUCCUGCGAAACGAGUGUCCUAUCUUCCGGAUAACAAGCAGUUCUUGGUAACCCGUGGUGUGCCGUGUCAUCGGAGACUUAACGAUAACUUUGCCGGAGAUGCUGGGCUCGAGGACGAGAUUGUGAGGGAUUUCCUCUCCGGCGGUGAUGGCGGCGAAGGCACAACAUCUGGAGAUGGAGAGGAUGGGUGGUUGCGGACUGGUGGUGGGCGCGAUGCCGAAGCGGACCGUGAUAAACAAGAAGCUCGGCUUCGUGACGUGCGAACAGUCGAUGAAUCAGGAAACCUGGGCGAGCAAGAAGAUGACGAUGAAAUCCCAGAUAUGGAAGAUGAAGAUGAUGACGACGAAGCCAUCAUUCGAGGAACUAAAGAAUCUCUCCGCACUUAUACCCUCUACAUCACCUACUCGAACUUUUACCGCACCCCCCGACUCUAUCUUUCCGGAUAUGAGUCACCAUCCGAACCACUCAAGCCACACCUGAUGAUGGAGGAUAUCGUCGGUGACUACAAGGACAAGACUGUGACGCUGGAGGACUUCCCUUGGUUCGAUAACAGCGUUAAAAUGGCCAGUGUGCACCCAUGCCGCCAUGCAUCUGUAAUGAAAACACUUUUGGAUCGUGCGGAUGCUGCUCUCAAACUCCGCCGCGAGAAGCUCCGGCAGACACAGUCACGCGAGGAAGCCAACCGUGUUCUCCGCGCAGGCGGGGGACUAGAGGGCUUGGUGGAUGAGACCCAACGUAUGUCACUUGGGGAUCAGCAGCAAGCCCAACCUAGCGGUGAUGAGUGGGAGAUGCUUCAGCACGACGAGGAAGAACAGGUUGCCAUCCGAGUGGAUCAAUACCUCGUUGUAUUCCUCAAGUUCAUUGCCAGUGUGACACCGGGCAUUGAGCAUGACUUCACGAUGGGAGUAUGA